AUGGAUGUCUCUCAGGCCGUCUCGGGCUACUUGUCCAAGAUGAUGCUGGCCUCGGGCGACUCGUCAUCUUCGAAAAUGAAGGUCUUAUUGCUGGACAAAGAGACCAUUUCCAUCGUCUCAACGGCCAUCACCCAGUCCGCGUUGCUGGACUAUGAGAUCUACCUCAUCGAUCGCCUGGAUAAUGCUGCACGUGAGAAGAUGCGCCAUCUUCGGUGUAUCUGUCUGGUGCGCCCUUCAUCGGAGACUAUUCAGCUGCUCAUAGACGAGCUCCGGGAUCCAAAGUAUGGAGAGUAUUAUUUAUUCUUCACCAACGUAGCGAAGAAGUCUGCGCUCGAGCGGCUUGCCGAGGCGGACGAUCACGAAGUCAUUAAAGUCGUGCAGGAGCAUUUUGCUGAUUACAUCGUCAUCAACCCGGAUCUGUUCAGCUUCAACAUGGCUCUCCCGCAGCAAAGGAUAUGGGCCGGUAGCCCCGAUAAAUGGAAUCCUGAUUCGCUACAACGCUGCUCCGAAGGUCUUAUUGCUGUUCUUCUUUCCCUCAAGAAGAAGCCGUUGAUCCGUUACGAAAAGAGCAGCUCUCUUGCUACAAAAUUAGCUUCCGAAGUGCGCUACUUGAUGACAAAAGAAGAUCAACUAUUUGACUUCCGCAAAGUUGAUACACCUCCGCUGCUGCUCAUUCUGGAUCGCAGAGAGGAUCCGAUCACGCCCCUCCUUACCCAGUGGACCUACCAAGCCAUGGUUCAUGGUCUUCUUGGCAUCAAAAAUGGCCGAGUCGACCUCAGUGAUGUCCCAGACAUUCGACCUGAACUGAAGGAGAUUGUUCUCUCUCAAGAUCAGGAUCCCUUUUUUAAGAAGAACAUGUUUCUAAACUUUGGUGACUUGGGCGGAACCAUCAAAGAAUACGUCGAGCAGUACCAGUCGAAAACAAAGAAUAAUGCAAAUAUUGAAUCGAUAUCCGACAUGAAGCGGUUUAUCGAGGAGUAUCCAGAGUUUCGGAAGCUCUCAGGCAACGUCAGCAAGCACGUUACUCUCGUCUCUGAGCUCAGUCGGAGAGUUGCUGCGGAGAGCCUGCUGGAAGUUAGUGAGCUCGAGCAGAGCUUGGCUUGCAACGACAACCACGCCUCUGAUCUAAAGGCCAUACAAAAAGUCAUUCAGAACCCCAAUGUACCAGCGGGAAGCAAAGUCGGAGUAGUCGCUCUAUACGCCCUGCGUUAUCAGAAGCAUCCCUCAAGCGCUCUUCCUAUGCUCAUGGAUCUCCUUGUUGCGGCUGGCAACGUAUCCCCAAGACAGUCAGAUCUAGUCAAAAAGGUCUUGGCCUAUCACUCUUCACUACAUACGUCAGACGCUCGGGGCGGUAUCUCAGACAUAUUUGACUCGGCUGGUAUAUUUUCCGGCACGGCAAAUCGCUUCAAAGGCCUCAAGGGCGUGGAAAACGUUUACACACAACACAGCUCGCUGUUGGAGGGCACUCUGCAGAAUCUCAUCAAGGGUCGAUUAAAAGAUCAGCAGUAUCCGUUUGUUGAAGACAGCGUCCCUACUAGAGAUAAGCCGCAAGACAUUAUUGUUUUCAUGGUGGGAGGCGUUACGUAUGAAGAGGCCAAAAUGAUUGCUGGAGUGAACGCUACGAUGCCUGGUGUGCGUGUGGUUCUUGGCGGUACAACAGUUCAUAACACGACGACGUUUUUGGAAGAGGUUGAGGAUGCGGUGUCCUCUUGGCACCGUCGGUUUGCCACAGUCACAGACAACCACAGAGCCUUCGAUGUUGUUGUUAUAGGAGGUGGCCAUGCCGGCGCCGAGGCUUGUGCUGCUGCUGCGAGAGCCGGUGCGCGGACGGCCCUGGUUACGCCCAAGCUCGAUAAUCUGGGAACAUGCUCCUGCAACCCGAGCUUUGGAGGAAUUGGCAAGGGAACGAUUAUUCGAGAGAUUGAUGCUCUUGACGGCUUGGCGGGAAGGAUUAUAGACAAGGCUGGUGUUCAGUUCCAUUUGCUGAACCGCAGAAAAGGCCCGGCCGUGUGGGGCCCCCGAGCGCAGAUUGACCGAGAUUUAUACAAAAAGUACAUGAGAAGCGAGCUCGAAUCAUAUCCAAACUUGUCGAUUGUCCUCGAAAGCGUGUCGGAUAUCGUCUUGUCAGAGAACGAAGGGUCCACUGAGGGAUCGAAAGGCGCCAUUGCUGGUGUGCGGUUGGAAAAUGGUGAAAUCUUACAAACCGGCAGAGUAGUCAUCACUACAGGAACAUUUCUGGGAGGCGAAAUACACAUUGGACUGGAGGCAUAUCCGGCAGGCCGCAUUGGAGAGGCGGCGACAACGGGCUUGAGCAAAUCGCUGCGGGACGCUGGCUUUCAGCUGGGGCGGCUGAAGACGGGGACUCCUCCGCGACUUGAUAAGUCGUCCAUCAACUUUGAUAUACUUCAGCGACAAUUUGGCGACGAUCCUCCAGCUCCAUUCAGUUACUUGAAUACAGAGGUGGCUGUUCGAGACCAACUCACCUGCAGCAUCACAUUCACAAACGACGCUUCACACAAGAUUGUUCAAGACAACCUGGACAAAUCCAUUCACAUUCGUGAAACCGUCAAGGGCCCGAGAUAUUGCCCUUCGUUGGAGUCAAAAGUCAUUCGAUUUGCAGACAAGGAACGUCACAUUGUAUGGCUUGAGCCAGAAGGCUUCGACAACCCAAUAAUAUACCCCAAUGGACUAUCCAUGACAAUACCCGCUGACGCGCAAGAGCAAGUCCUGCGCUCAAUACGGGGCUUGGAGGAAGUCAAGAUGCUGCAGCCUGGCUACGGAGUAGAAUACGACUAUGUUGAUCCUCGAGGCCUAAAGUCUACCCUUGAAACAAAGGCGAUUGACGGACUCUAUCUAGCAGGGCAGAUUAACGGCACUACAGGCUACGAGGAAGCUGCCGGCCAGGGAAUUAUCGCCGGUAUGAAUGCCGGGCGAUCUGCUCUGGGCUUACCCGGCGCCUCACUAUCCAGAUCUGAUGGCUACAUCGGAAUCAUGAUUGACGAUUUAAUCACCAAAGGCGUUACUGAGCCCUACCGCAUGUUCACAUCCAGGAGCGAGUUUCGGAUGGCGGCUAGAGCGGAUAAUGCUGACCUUCGACUGACGCAAAAGGGACGCGAGUGGGGCGUCGUCUCUGACCACAGAUGGAGCGUCUUCUCAGACGAGAAGCAGCAGAUUCUCGAUCUCACCAAAUCGCUGGGUGCUGUGUCUCUGGCGCCAGAUGAAUGGAACCAAGCAGGAUUCCAGGUGAAGAGGAGCUCUCAGCGGCGCACCGGUAUCGACAUGCUGAGGCUCUCCAACACUGGGGAGCGGAUCCAGCUGGAUCAGCUUAGCGCAGUCGUGCCCGAGAUCCUCAACUACCCGGCGCGCAUUCGAGAGAGAGUUGUCAUCGAAGCAGCUUAUGCCCCUUAUAUCAAAAUGCAGGCAGCGGAGCGCGGGCAAUUCAUAAACGACGAAAACAUCCGGCUGCCGCUGGACCUGGACUACGAUGGCAUCCCGGGCCUGGCCCUGUCGGAAAAGGAAGUUCUGAGGCGGACGCGGCCCGAGACUCUCGCGCAGGCUCGUCGUGCAGAGGGUGUAACCCCUUCUGGAUGCAUUCGAUUGCUUGCUUACAUUCGACGCCAAGGCAUAUUUGCCGAUAUCGGGUCUCACCCCACCAAGAUUUUCGAGGCUGGCUGGAGUGACGAGAAAAUUGAAAACCCCAGCAACGCCAUUGCUUCCCAUCUCUGCGGCGGCUUUGCAGAGCCAAUUCGGAUUUCGACCUCACCCAAUUCCAACACAGGCUCUGGAGGCGAAGCGGCGCCUCGAGCAAUCCCAAACAUGGCGGACGCAAAAGCCCCGCACACGAUUUCCAUCCUGGGCGAGCCCAACAUCGUCGUCGACCAUGCGCUGUGGCCCAACUACAUCGUCCAGGACCUGACGCAGAACCUGGCCUCGUCGACGUAUGUGCUCAUCACCGACACGAACCUCUUCGACACCUACGUCCCGGCGUUCCAGCAGCGAUUCGAGUCCGCAAAGGCCAACCAGAAUGCGCGGCUGCUCACCUACAAGAUCCCGCCCGGCGAGGCGUCCAAGAGCCGCGAGACAAAGGCCGAGAUCGAGGACUGGCUGCUGUCGCAGCAGUGCACGCGCGACACGGUCAUCAUUGCCGUGGGCGGCGGCGUCAUUGGCGACAUGAUUGGCUACGUGGCGGCCACGUUUAUGCGCGGCGUGCGCUUCGUCCAGGUGCCGACGACGCUGCUGGCCAUGGUGGACUCGUCGAUUGGGGGCAAGACUGCGAUUGACACGCCGAUGGGGAAGAACCUCGUGGGUGCGUUCUGGCAGCCGCGGAGGAUCUUCAUUGAUCUUGCGUUUCUGGAGACGCUGCCCGUGCGCGAGUUUAUCAAUGGCAUGGCCGAGGUUAUCAAGACUGCGGCGAUUUGGAACGAGAAGGAGUUUACUGUUCUGGAGGAGGCGGCGCCGACGAUUCUGUCGAGUGUGCGCUCCAAGGGCCAAGGCCGUCUGCAGCCCAUCAAGGAUGUGCUGAGACGCAUCGUCAUUGGCUCGGCUGGAGUCAAGGCGGAGGUUGUUUCUUCGGAUGAGCGAGAGGGCGGCCUUCGCAACUUGCUGAACUUUGGCCACUCCAUUGGCCACGCUAUUGAGGCGCUGCUUACUCCCCAGCUGCUGCAUGGAGAGGCUGUGGCUAUUGGCAUGGUCAAGGAGGCAGAGCUGGCUCGAUUCCUGGGCGUGCUGCGACCCGAAGCUGUUGCUAGACUCGAAAAAUGCAUUGCUUCCUAUGGACUGCCCACAUCUGUCAAGGACAAGCGAGUCGUCAACUUGACUGCUGGCAAGAAGUGCCCUGUGGACGUGCUGCUCAAGAAAAUGGGUGUGGAUAAGAAGAAUGACGGCGCGCAAAAGAAGAUUGUGCUGCUGUCAGCCAUUGGCAAGACCCAUGAGGCAAAGGCCAGCUCUGUGGAGGACCGUGAUAUCAGAAUCGUCCUUUCAGACUCUAUCGAGGUGACGCCCGGCAUUCCUGGUGACCUCAAGCUCACCGUGACGCCCCCCGGAUCCAAGAGUAUUUCCAACCGAGCUCUGAUUCUCGCUGCUCUCGGUACUGGUUCUUGCCGAGUCAGGAACCUGCUCCACUCAGACGACACCGAGUUUAUGCUUUCUGCCAUUUCCACCCUCGGCGGCACGUCUUACUCGUGGGAGGAGGGCGGCCAGCUCUUGGUUGUCGAAGGCAACGGCGGCCAACUGAAGGCUUCCGAUGAGCCUUUGUACAUUGGUAACGCGGGAACUGCAUCGCGUUUCUUGACUACAGUUGCGGCUCUGUGUGCUCCUACUAGCACUGCUACGACUACUGUGCUGACCGGCAACGCGCGAAUGAAGACACGACCCAUUGGCCCCCUUGUGGACGCUCUACGCAGCAACGGUGUUGCUAUCGACUACCUUGAGCGAGAGAAGAGUCUUCCCCUGCGAAUCAAUGCCUCGGCUGGCCUUGAGGGAGGAGAUAUUGAGCUUGCAGCCACUGUUUCCUCUCAAUAUGUGUCUUCCAUUCUCAUGGCUGCUCCUUAUGCCAAGAAGGCCGUUACUCUGCGCCUGGUCGGAGGCAAGCCCAUUUCCCAGCCAUACAUUGACAUGACCAUUUCCAUGAUGAAGUCCUUUGGCAUUGAAGUCACUCCCUCUGCGGAUGAGGCGGACACCUACCACAUUCCCCAGGGCGUCUACAAGAACCCCGCCGAGUACAUUGUUGAGAGCGACGCCAGCUCUGCUACUUACCCACUCGCUGUGGCCGCCAUUUCUGGUACUACUUGCACCAUUCCCAACAUUGGAUCCAAAUCUCUCCAGGGAGACGCCCAGUUCGCUGUCAAGAUCCUCAAGCCGAUGGGAUGCGAAGUUCACCAGGACGACUACUCUACUACCGUUACGGGUCCCAAGGGUGGAGCCCUCAAGGCGCUGCCGAGUGUCGACAUGACGACCAUGACGGAUGCUUUCCUUACGGCUACUGUCUUGGCGGCGGUGGCUACCGGAACGACUGAGAUUGUUGGAAUUGCCAACCAGCGAGUUAAGGAGUGCAACCGUAUUUUGGCCAUGAAAGAUCAGCUGGCUAAAUUCGGAGUGCUCUGCAACGAGCUAGAAGACGGUAUCCAGAUUAUUGGUAAAUCUAGGGAUAGCCUGGUUACACCUACCGAGAGCAUUCACUGCUACGACGACCACCGAGUUGCCAUGAGCUUCAGUGUCUUGUCUCUUGCGGCUCCCGGCCCUGUCUUGGUCACUGAGCGAGAGUGUGUUGGCAAGACCUGGCCUGGCUGGUGGGAUGUCUUGGCUCAGUCGUUCAAGGCGACGCUGGCGGGUGUUGAUACCGAAAGCAGUCGCGAGACCAAGCCCAAGACUUCUGCUAAUAUUCAGCGAUCCAUUUUCGUUGUUGGCAUGAGGGGAGCCGGAAAGACUACUGCUGGCAAGUGGGUUGCAAAGACUCUCGGCUGGAAGUUUAUCGAUCUGGACCACGAGCUGGAACGACGAAGUGGCACGACCAUUCCGGAGAUUGUUCAGGGCCCUCGAGGCUGGGAGGGAUUCCGUGAGGAUGAACUGGCGCUUUUGCGUAAUGUUAUCGAGGCUCAUCCGAAGGGAUAUGUCUUCUCAUGUGGAGGCGGCAUUGUCGAGACCCCGGCUGCCCGCGAAGUCCUCAAGUCGUACGGUGCUAAUGGCGGUCUUGUGCUGCUGGUUCACCGAGAUACUGAUCAGGUUGUCAACUACCUGCUACAGGAUAAGACGAGACCAGCUUACACGGCCGAGAUCCGGGAGGUUUACGAGCGCAGGAAGCCCUGGUACAGGGAGUGCAGCAACAUGCUCUACUACAGCCCGCACACACAGGAUGCCACUACGUCUGAGAUCCCCGACGACUUUUCACAGUUUAUUUCGGUGAUUUCAGGAAAGUCUCGGACUCUUGAGACUGUCUCCAAGAAGAAACAUAGCUUCUUUGUUUCUUUGACGUUGCCUGAUCUCAGCGCUGCGGUGGACAUAUUACCUCGCGUCACUGCUGAUAGCGAUGCCGUGGAGCUGCGCGUGGAUCUGUUGCAAGAUGUGCAGCCCGAGGCCGUCAUGAAGCAGGUGUCGUUGCUCCGACAUGUGACUGGAAAGCCCAUCAUUUUCACAGUCCGAAGCGAGUCUCAGGGCGGAAAAUUCCCUGAUAACGACAAUGAGCUGCGCUUGGAGCUUUACCGUUUGGCUCUUCGCAUGGGCGUCGAGUACAUUGAUCUUGAGGUGACAUCGACGGAUGAGAUUAUGCAGGAGGUUAGAGAUAACCGAGGAAGCUCUGUCAUUAUCACGUCUCACCACGAUCCUGCUGGUGCUCUGUCAUGGAAGAAUGCGUCUUGGAUUGCGGCUUACAACAGGGCACUGCAGUAUGGUGAUGUGAUUAAGCUGGUUGGCACUGCCCGAAGCGUCGACGACAACUUUGACUUGAUCCGAUUCAAGUCCAGGAUGCUGGCGGCUCAGCCAACGCCCAUUAUUGCCCUCAACAUGGGCUCUGCGGGCAAGCUCAGCCGUGUGCUGAACGGCUUCCUCACUCCCGUUUCGCACCCUGCUCUUCCCUUCAAGGCUGCCCCCGGACAGCUGUCCGCCGCUGAGAUCCGACAGGGCCUGUCUCUGCUGGGAGAGAUUGAGCCGCGCAACUUUUACUUGUUUGGCAAGCCGAUUUCCAAGUCACGAUCGCCGGCGCUGCACAAUACUCUCUUUGGCCAGACUGGCCUGCCGCAUCAUUACCAGCGUUUGGAGACGGACAAGGUUGAGGAUGUUGUGGAGGUGCUACGCGCUGCGGACUUUGGCGGUGCGUCGGUUACGAUUCCGCUGAAGCAGGACAUCAUGGCUCAUUUGGAUGAGUUGACGGAUGCGGCCAAGAUUAUUGGUGCUGUCAACACUGUUGUUCCUGUGGCUGAUGAGUCGUUGGGUCGCCAGCGGUUGAUUGGUGACAACACUGACUGGAAGGGCAUGGUUCACGUGCUUCGCAAGGCUGGUGUUCAAACGCAGGCUGGUGAUGCCAGUGCUGCUGUCAUUGGCACUGGAGGAACUAGCCGAGCUGCCAUCUUUGCUUUGAACUCUUUGGGCUUCAAGCCCAUCUACGUUGUGGGUAGAGACGCCCAAAAGGUUCAGGCUCUUGCGUCCAAUUUCCCGGCUGAGUACGACAUCCAGAGUGUGGGCAGCGCUGCUGAUGCCGAGAAGCUUGCGAGCAAGCCUGUUGUGAGCAUUAGCACUGUUCCUGCGGAUAGGCCUAUUGAUGGCGGCGUUGGGGAGAUUCUCGGCGCUUUGUUGAAGCCUGCUGCUUCUGCUUCUGCAGGGGAGCAGAGCAAGGUUUUGCUGGAGAUGGCGUAUCAUCCGCCGCAGACGCCGGUGAUUCAGAUUGCGGAGAAGGUUGGUGGGUGGACGACGAUUCUGGGGUUGGAGGUUCUUGCUGCGCAGGGAUGGUACCAGUUUGAGACUUGGAAUGGUAUCAAGCCGCUGUUUAGUGAUGCUUUGGAUGCUGUUGUCGGAAAGGAGUAG